CCCCAGCUGAUGCUUCAAUCGAUGCGGCUAGCUAGUCGUUUAGCCGCAGUAGCACCCCGUCGGCUCGUUAAACCGUGUCCUUGUCGUGUCCGCGAUAACGUUAGAUGUCUUCGGCGUAGCUCAGCUGUCGGCGAUAGAUGUCUACAGCGUGAGGAAGCGAGGGGUGGAGGUUUCGAGGCCGUGUCUUUGUGCUCUGCAGACUACCUGCACCAGGUUGAGUUGACUCUGCAGGGGGAAGAUGUGCAAUGGAAUGAUAGAGUCAAUAUCAAAAGCCCCCCGGGCCCACACCUCAGCCACUAAACGGUCCCUUGUGUUGCUGCUCGUACUUACUGUAGUGUCUACUGGGCGAGGCUCAGGAUGUGUGAGGCCAUACAUGGUCCAGAACAGCUGGGUAAACCUCACAGAAACCAACAGGGGCUCCUUCCCCGUGGGCACAGUACUGCAGUACAGCUGUGACCCUGGUUACCUGCCAGACGGACCCAGCAUCCUCACCUGCACCACACUGGGGCGCUGGUCCUCUGAACCUCCUCACUGCAUACGCAGUGGUGCAUGUCUACCCCUCUCCAAACCCGAGAAUGGGGGCUACACCUGCCACCCGUCCGCCUGUCGAAUGUUUGCCCAUGGCACUGUGAUCGAGUUCUUCUGUGAUGACGGCUUCGUCCUCAGUGGAGACUAUAACUACCUGACCUGUCAGGACGGACAGUGGGAUGGUCCCAUGCAGAUCAGUUGUGUGAGCCAAGGUUGUAACAGACCCUCUACAGUGCAGCAUGGUUCAACUAAUCUGACAGACACCAACAGGAGCUUGUUCCCUGUUGGCACAGUACUGCAAUACAGCUGUGAUCCUGGUUAUCUGCCAGCUGGACCCAGCACCCUCACCUGCACCACACUGGGACGCUGGUCCUCUGAACCUCCUCGCUGUAUACGCAGUGAUGGUUGCGUAAGACCCUCUACAGUGCAGCAUGGUUCAACUAACCUGACAGAAACCAACAGGAGCUCGUUCCCUGUGGGGACAGUACUGGAGUACAGCUGUGAUCCCGGUUACCUGCCAGACGGACCCAGCAUCCUCACCUGCUCCACCCUCGGACACUGGUCCUCUGAACCUCCUCGCUGUAUACGCAGUGAUGUAUGCCAGCCUCCAUAUGAGCCAGAGAACGGGGGCUACAGCUGCCACCCCUCCACAUGUGGAAGACUCUCUCAUGGCACUGUGAUUGAAUAUUUCUGUGAUGAAGGCUAUAUUCUGAAGGGAGACUACAAAUACCUUACCUGUCAGUAUGGGGAAUGGGACAGCCAAGUGAAGCUCAGCUGCCUUAUGGAGCAAGACAGCAAUCCAACUCUACCAUUGGGGAUGCCCGCCUUGUCUAUAGUGGCAUCCACAGCUAGCUCUGUGACCCUAAUCCUGCUCUUAGUGGUGCUGUUUGUACUCCUGCAGCCAAAACUUAAGUCCCUCCAUCGACGUGAUCAGGGUGUCUCCGGCCAGCCCGUGUCAAUCAUGGUUGAAGGUGUCCAGGUGACUCUGCCCUCAUAUGAGGAGGCUGUGAGUGGUAGCGGCGCUUCAGCCUCAGCCUCAGCCGAGUCCCGGGUCCAGAUAGUGCUGUCUGAGGGUCAGCAUACCACAAUGCCAGAGGCUGCCCCCUCUAGGCCUUCUUCCCUGAAACAGCAGCAGCAGUCAGAGAUGGCGGUGGUCCACCCUGUACCACCGUCCUCAUCCUCCUCCUCGCACUCACCCUCGCCCUCAUCCUCUACCUGGGUUCUGGAGCAUGCGGGCGCCGCAGCUCCUUCAUCCUCACAAAGAAGGCCGUCUGCAGGCAGCGACCAACACAGUCUGUCUCUGGACUCUGAGAUGGACUACUCCGAUGAUAUGCCAUUGCUGAAGGAAGCCUGAAAAAUGCUGCAGCCUUAACCGAGACAACCAGCCUUGCUACUGACCUGUACUGGUGAGCGGGAUGCCUCUUGAGAGUUCGUCAACACAGCUGUCAACACAGACAGGCCCAACUAAAGAGGCUCUGAGCAAAGCUGCGGGUCACCCAGAAUAGUUCCUCUGAUCAUCCCAAAGGAGAACAGAGAAGGGAUGCACGUGUACAUACAUGCUUACAUUUUUUUAUAGGAAUUCCUCGACUAUGUAUGUAUGUCUAAUGUCUGAAGCUCGGUUUGAAAAUGGGGAACGAAGACAGAAAGGAACAUGCAACCCUGAAGCAGUGUUUCUUAAAGGCUGUUAAAAAAAUUAUGGACGGAUUUCAGUCGAAGCUGCAGACUCACUUUGGGAGCUACUAAUCUCAUCAGUGUCUUGUUUACUGUUUACUUUCUUUAACCACAUAUCACCCCCAUUUUAAGACACACUGGCAAAGAUGCAUGAAGACCAGAUAAUCUAGAUUGUUGUCCAUGUCAUGCACACUUCCAUUCAAAGAUUUUUGUGAUUCCUGAUUCAUUAUUUAAGAUGUUAUCAAUCACGACUCACUUCAUUCCAUGUCUCACUGUACAUUUUAAGGCUGCCUGUCACCUAAGAGUUCACUCCACGGCGAUUUUCAUUGAAUGAGUGCCAACAUUUAAAGAGACUUCUUGUUUCAGGCCUGCAUUCAUCACAUUUCAUCCUUGCAAUGACUUCAGAUGUAUUCUCUUCACACCGUUGCCCCCCCAAUGGCCUUAGCUUUCCACUUCUAUGCACAGGUAUCUCUAUGUAAAAUAAGGAGUUUUAAAAAUGAAUGUCAGUUAAAUGCCUCCGAUGCUUAGUGAUAUUAUGUGUGGCUUUUUCAGACACAUCACUUGUACACAGGAAAAUAUUAUUCUCUUAAUUUAUGCAGACUGCUUGAAAAAAAUCCUGUUUUAAGUUCAGGAAACUAAAAUAUGUAUUUAAUUUAUUUGUGUCCAGAAUGCUGUUGAUCAGCCAUAGCUUCUUUUGAUGCUUCCACAGCUUUCAGAAAACGUUAAAACAAAAAGUUUACUUUGCCGCUUCACUUUGAAUUCUACUGCAGGCACGUUAUAUGUGACACUGUAAACGUGGUUGGGAAGAUCCAACACAAAAAUGAGUAAGUGUACAGAUUAGUGUAAUGUCAGUGUUUACUUUGUUUGACUGUCCAUUUGAUUUACUUUUGGACUGAGGAAUGGAUUUUUUUUUUUUUGUGAAGAUGGUAUUUUAAUAUAUGUAAAAAGUUUAAGUUAAGUUUACUCUGUAUAUACCAUAUGAUCAUUUUGAUUAAAUAUUAUUUGAGGUG